AAAUGUCGUCGGAAACGAACGAUGAUUUGCUUAACUACGAGUUGGGCUGCGACGAUCCGGCCAUCCUUAACGAGGAUGAGCUGCUGCUGUCGGACGACGAGGGCGGCAUAAAGCUUGAUCAGCAGGACGAAGAAUUUCUGCUGAGCGAGUCAGAAGAAUGGGUAAACCGGCAGCUUGCGGCCCGGGAAUCGGGCGCCAGCGAAAGUGUUACGGAGCAGGACCCCUUGACGGUGACGGCGGCGCCCAGUGAUCCACCGCAGCGAAGGGAAGCGGAAGAGAAAGUAGAUCAGGUGGAGAACUGUAAUGAAGCAAGCGCAGAAGUGGAAAAUGGAAACACGGAUGUGCAAGAGGCAUAUCAUCCUGUGGAGUCAGCAGUCGUUGAACCAGAAACCAGUAGCUACGACGAGCAUGAGCAGCAUGAUGUAUCUUUCGAUAGUCGCACGGAAGCAUCAUUCGCUGCUACAACAGACACUGACGGUACUGAGGCGGACAGUGGUUCCGUGAUGACCACCUCACAGAACACUGAUGCAACUGAGUCGACCAACCAAACAUCAUCGAAGCAAACGACAGAAUGUCCAACAAGUAUGGUACCGUCGGAGGACGGUAGUCAUGAAACUGGUGGGGCUCGACCAUACGGGACUUCAGGGAGCUCGGCCAGAGAGAACAACGUCGCGGACGCCAGUGCAGGAACGUUACGAACGGACCGGUUAACAGCGAGCCAACAGUGUGAUACGACAUCAUCGGAGGAUGUGAUCGAACAGUACGCUGGCAAUAGUAGUACCGUCGAGCUUGACUCCUUCUAUGACACGGACGAAUCAAGCGAGAAGCGUGGUUGGAAAAAUGAAACGAAAACGGAUCUGCGCAAUAUCAACGUGCAGCAUCAGCACCAGCAUCAGUCCCCACAGCAUCACCACCAUCAACAGUUGCAUCAUGGACCGCCUGGUGGUGGUGGUGGUAGUGGAGGUGCAGCAGCAGUAAACCGAGCGCCACCGCCGGGUAGCAAUUUUGGGAAACCGGGCAUGAAACCAAAUCCACUCCUACCACCUGGGAUUCAGCAGCAGCAUUCCGGAAUGGGUAAUCCACUGCUCGCACCACACGGACUACCGAUGGGCUUUCCACUAGGCUUUCCUCCGGGAGCUGCUGGCGGUCGCAUGGACUUCCGGCCCGGAAACAACAGGCAUCGGUUCCCGGCGAGACCCAACUUUCCUCCUGACAUGAACCAUCCGUUCCGUGCAAUGGAACGCAUGAACUUUCCCCGUGGAGGCCAUCCAGGACUUGGACCACGCGGAAUGCCGGGCAUGCUGGGUAAUCACGGUCUCGGACCGGGUGGUCCAAUGCCACCACAUCGUGGAUUUCCACCGCGACCGCAUCCGUUCGAUAUGAUGCGACCCGUACGGCCGGGCGAACGAUCAGCGUAUCGACCGAUGGGAGCUGCCAACGCCAAUCCAAUGUACCGUGGGGCGGCACCGCUAAAUGGUCCGGCGGCCGGUGCUGGGUUGCAGCCAGGAGCAGGAGGUCUAAGAACAGGUCCAGGUCCCAAUGGUGGCCCACCGUUCGGCACGGGAACGCAGCUACCUACGGGACCACCAGUCAGCGCGUCAGCUAAUACGAUGGCUGUUGGUGCGACUACAAUACCGCAAUCAUUAGUUUCUGGUUCAUUUGAUCCGAUGUCCGUCGGUGGUGGUGCAAAGAUACUUCAAGCAGCUGCAGCUCCACCAACCGUCGUGGCACCAUUCCCGCAGAAAGUGCUUAUCAACCCAAACUUUAAGGGGGGUGUUGAGGCUGUUAAGAAUCAAAUGAUGCGUGAUGCCGUGCUAAACGCGCAGCAAUUUGGAGCUGCCAGCUCCGUUAGUAAUGCUACUGUAGCCGCCGUUGCUGCCGCCAACGCCAGGAAUGUUAGUGAUGACGAGUUACUGCGCCAACAGGAAGAGUUCAUUAAUAAAAACCGGAUUGAGGUGGAGAAGCGCCGCCAUGAGCGAUCGCCUUCGAGGGAACGCGAUCGUGAUCGAUCCCGCGAACGAGACCGUGAUCGAGCACGAUCUCGGGAACGUGAACGAUCGCGCGAGCGAGAGCGUGAAAGGGAACGAGAGCGUGAACGGGAACGUGAGCGUGACCGGGAACGAGAAAUGCGAGGUCGAUCGCGCGAUCGAGACCGUGAGCCGGUGCGGGCUAGGUCACGGGAUCGCGAUCGGGAGUAUUCACCACGCCGGCAGCACCAUCGAGGAGGCGGAAGCCGAGAGCGUGAACUGGUGGGAAGACCGGCACGAAGGGCUGCCGGUGGUCGGGUUCGCAACGAUGGCCGUGAGUGGGAUGACGAUAGUCGGUUCCCGAAUCGUCGACGAAGCGGUGAUUACGCAGACAACCAUCGGGGUAAUCACGAGCGUCAUGAUGAUGACGAGGAUCCGGAAACCAGAGCGUAUCGCAUCGAGAUCGAGAAGCAGAAAGCUGCUCGAGAGAAGAUUCUGCGCGAGAAAGAGAUGCGUCGGAAGCGGGCAGCUGAGGAGAAGACGAAAACUCGAUCAAAUGAGAGUAAAGCUCAUGAGAACACACCACCCAAGCUCACGCCCCUUGUAGUGACGGAAAAGAAGAUCAUUACGUUGAAGAAGAAAUCGGACCAUAGCGCUGUGGCCACUUCGAGCCAUGAUGAUGAACCACGGUCCGGGCGUCAAUCCGAACGGGGUAGCAACAAAGCGGACGAUAACCGUACUACCGGUGCCCGUGCGAACGAUCAGCAGGAAUCGAACGAAGCAUCUACAACCACUGUCUCCGUAUCCGGUACGAGCUAUGAGAGGCAACGGCACAAUAGUGAUCUACACUCGGAAGCCGUUGAACUUGAUAUUCUCGAAGAACUGUUGUUGCGGGAACCAACGCCUGAACCAAUGACGCCAACCAAACCGAAACCGGCGGUAGCGACGACCACUAGUCAGGUGACGACUACUAGCGCUACGACGGCCUCAAACCGUACCGUCGUUUCAACAUCGUCGCACAGCGGAAGCACAUCAGGAAAUAGCAGCUCGACCUCAACUCGGGAACGCAGCAGUGGCAGUCGAAGAAUCGUACUGAAACCGAUGGCAUCGAGUUCCAGUAGCACCAGCACCAGCAGCAGGUCAGUAGCAGCAGGAUCGUCAGGGCGAGGACAGCAGCAACAGGACCGGCCGGAUGCGGCCAGUAGUGGCAGCAACAACCAACAUCAGGUGUCCUCCGGGAACAGUGGCAACAGCAGCAACAAGCGGCCCAUCUUUGAUCGACUAGCGGGACGCGUCGGUUUGCACGAAUCUGGCAAACAGAAGAUUCAAAGGUUAGUCAAGCGUAAUUAAACCCCCGGUAAGUUCGCUGGCCACGAAGAUUUAGCGAACCAUUGUCUCUCGCAUCCACUCUGCCGCUGUUUUGCUUUCUUCUCUAUCUUUGGAGAGGGCGCGAUUAUUAGCAAGGUUAAAGGACACUUCUACGUCCUUUAUCCUGGGUCCUGGCUAGCCCGGCUAAUGCAAACCGAGUGUACAGCAAAGCAUAGUUUGAUAAGUAGAAAUACCAGCGAACAAUUACACUUAUAACACAUUAACACGUUCAGAGCCAAACAAACGUAGCAGCAAAUGAUGAACGUUUCACACUACGAUCACCCGUUCGGGAGUGUUUUAGAAAGGAACUCGAUCGUUUUCCUUCGCCACCGAUAAGACACACACGAUGGACACACUGCAGGAUUGACUGAACUGUUAUUGUGAGAGCUCUUGUUGCACAAUGUGUUCCUGGCUGUAUUUCUAUAGCUGUUAAUUGAGUAGAACAUCUAGGACCUACAAGUUUGUGUCUCCAUUAACGUAAGGAUACGUUUUCUUUUUUACCCAUUCUUUUCUUAUUUUUAUUAGUUGUUUUACGCACGAUCACGUGGUCAAUCUCAAGCGUGAAUUCGAUCGAUGUGCGAACUGGUUCUAUGACAAUUUUGCUCUUUUUUAUUACUUAGUUUAAUGUUAAUUUUUGCUAUAAUUUUACGCUUGUCCUCUGUUCGCAUUAAUGCGCUGAUAAGAAAUGCUUCUUGAAGAAUAAGAAAAUUGACAAUUUUAUCCUGCUGACUAAUUAUGAUUCUGUUUGCAAAAGAUACAUGUUUUUUUGUCUUUAUCGUGUAUCCGUGCCGUAUACCUACCCUUUUCCCGACUGUUUUUGACACUUUCAUGUACGAAGCUUUACGUUAACAAUAGGUCCACCGCCGCGGACUACCGCUACGGGAAGAAGCAGCGGCGUGUCGCGUGUUUUUUUUGCGCUUAGGAUUACUGCUGUAAGUUGUCGUCGGUGCAUAAUGAACUGUAGACAGCAUUAGUUUCAUUAGUAGUACUUUUUACAUACUCUUGACGUUCACAAAUGCAAGUAAGAGUAAGAUCUUACUCCCGUUGUACGUGGAAUUUCAUGUAUGGAUUUAGAGAAGGGCCAUUGUGCAGGAAACAUUAUGUGUUGGUGGCAGCUGCGGGAUAGGUCUUGUGCUGUUCAGAAUGUGGCACGGUCGAAAAGAGUAACACAGAAAAAACCGGAUUGUGGCCAAAGCAUUCGUUCGCGGUUUCCAUUUUUUUUUCUUGCGGUUGUCGUUUUAGAUUUCGAUUAACAGUACGAAAGAAAAAGAAUAUCCUUAAAUAAAAUUAGAGGAGAACGGAAAUAGAUGGUUCUUCAAACAACAACACUCACUGCUACUGCUACUGGAAUCGGUAGUGUGGUUCCGUUCUGUUAGAAUUUUGCUUUUGCGUUGUGUGAACGCUAUGGUACGAUUAUAUAAGGCAUAACGAUGCACCACUUUCCAACUAUGAACCUUAUCAACUAAGAUAACCAAUAAAAUAAUAAAUUAUCACAAACUGUUCAUGCAAGAGCUAGUGACACGUGUGAGAUGAUGGGGUACGACGGUUCAGUCUCUCCACGAAACAGUACAAUGGCGAUCGUGCAAGUGGUUUUUUAUUCUGUAAAUAAUAGUGAAGCUCUCUUUUUAUGCGCAAGACAGGGAAGGGAAGUCAAUAAGCGUGCCGAGGGCUGAUUAGGCGAUAAAGGUAGCUUGUGUUCACCAGCAGCAGCACCACGACGAUUAUCUUAUUAUGAUGUUCUUUUUGGUAGAAUUUAUUUCGGUUUCAAACUAGACUUUAGUUCGUAAGCAUCGAAAAACCAGACGCGGAUGGAGAACAGCCCACGUGGCAUAGCGGCUAAUCAUGCGUUUAGGUAAUACGCCAACCAGCGAUGAAUCUAUAGGAAGCGCGCGUGUGUUUUGAUGGUGAUGAAGACGGUUCGUCGCGUAAUAUUCACGCGAAUUGCAACAAUAGUACAAAAUAGUCUGCCUAGAGAGAACCAAGAGGUGGAACCAGCUCGUAAAUGCAGUAGCUUUGAGCAGGUAUAGAAAUCGGGGAAAAAAACUGAAAACUCCUUAGGACCGUUUUAUCUUACGGAUUAACUGCAUUUACUAGUCCAGUUCUGGUGCUUAAGAUGGUAUCGGUAGUUUGACCUUAAAUUUUCUGUUUUUGGUGACAAAGUAGCAUUUAGUUAUAAAGCUAAACUGGAAGUUAAUAGUGCACGUUGUUCGCGCGACGCCCGAUCCUCAUGGCCGGCGAUGCAUGAUCGAAUCGAAGCCACCUUAGUUGUAAAUGCUUGGAUGGUAAGGACGAAAUAAGGCUAAAAGCCUUUUAGUGGUUUGCUAGGCUAGCAGAGCUUGUCGCAAACGGAGUAUGCCUUGCUACGCUGGAGAAAUACCGGUGAUACAGUAGAAAAUGAUAGGGGUCGCGGGAAAAUACUUUUUUGAUAAAGUCUGUAAAUCCGUUUAAGGCCGCGAUUUCAUGGCUCAGAUCAGCAUCGUGGAAGCGUUGCGAUGGGAAUCUACUCGGUGCUGUAGACGAACCACAGGAUAGCUCGACCCGUUUCCUUCUGUCUCUCUGUUUCUCUCUAUCAUUCCAUUCUGGUAUGCUACCGUUCUCAAUUUUCUUUGUAUAAUCUCAUUCUUCCGUAGAAAACCUUAUUGCAGGCUCUAAGACGAUAAAACGGAGUCCUCCUAUUAGGCUUCUUUUAAAGUAUUUUAAACGAUCUUAGAUGAAAGAAGAAAUAUUGCCAGAGCACGCCAAGUCCUUCUUACAGAGUAUCCUUGUAUGUUAGUCCCUUACCUGACUUCCUAAAUCACUGCUCAUCCUGUCCCACCUCCUUCCCGUCCGUUCUCUUUUUUUGGGGAGUGGUUUGAUCUCAAACUUGUGCCGUUGUUUGUUUUCUGUUAAAGGGUUUUUUUUAUUUUAAUCGUUUAAUAUAUUCCAUUAUUCUAGCCACGUGAUUCAUUGGGGAAAUUACAGAUGAGGGUAAUGGGGUUUUACCUAAAACAAAAAAAUACUCCUCAAAAAGAUGCGCAUUCCCAAGCGCCUAACAAACAGGAGAGGAGAUGACCCAAAUAAAGAUGACACAAG